AGGUGUCAGACAACCGUUUAUCCCGAAUGUCCUCACUCAACCGUACCGCCGCGUGCUUCCAAGCGACUACUUCCUCUAUGUCAAAUUUUUCGUUAUGGUUUUGCAAUUACUGCAAGGAUAUCCCUUGGCCAGAACAACAUUUUUUUGGAUACCAUUUGGGCCUGGACCGCGAUGAGUUUUCUCAUUACAAAACCCUUGCCCCUCUCCGCCAAUCAGCCGACUUGGGUUGCCGCCUUUGCCAGUUGUUCUGGGCAUACAUAAUUAAUUGCUUCCAAGGCCUAGAACCACCUACCGAAACCUUGCUGGAGUUUAGUAUAAGCUAUCGGGAUGACAAGUUUCAACGCAUUAACAUAUUUCUGGAAAACACACUUGACACCGAGAGCAUUGAUGUGUCUUUCAGAUGGUCUGGCUGCGCAAGUGAUUUAGAUGUAGAAAACACUUUUCGCAUCAGACGGUUCACUCCCAGCGGUAUUUUUGAUGAUCUAAAUGACCUUGUUCAGGCACAGAUUCGUCCUUGGAUGAACGAAUGUUGCUUUGGACAAGGGGAUCACCGGCAUUGCAGGCAGACAAAUGUGGGGGGGUUGAUCCCGACUCGACUCGUUGACGUUGGCAAGCCUCAAAGUGACACAGUGAAGCUUGUGGAAACGGACAAUCGCCUCGGAAGUACGAUGUAUCCCUAUCUGAUUUUGAGUUAUUGUUGGGGCAAAGGGAACGACAUCGCCAAAACAACAGUAGACAACCUCCAGAAUCGCCGAGAUGGUUUCGCUAUAGCUGGCCUUCCAAGAACUAUUCGAGAUGCUAUCACUUUGACAAGAAUGAUGGAAUACCAAUACUUGUGGGUCGAUGCCAUUUGCAUCAUCCAGUCAUCAGGAGAUGACGACCCCGGCGAUUUCGAAAAAGAAUCGGCAAAGAUGGGGGAUUACUACGCUAAUGCCCAGUGUUGCAUAUCUGCCUCGCUCGCUAGUAAUAGCUCGGAAGGAUUCCUCAACGAGAGGCCGCUUGGGAGGUAUCCUAUCCAAGGCGUUAUCGUUGCUGCUCUAAAGCCUCCUCUAUUGGAAACACGUUCUUUUUCGCUUGAUCCCCCAAGCUUUGACGAUCACCCUGAUACGGCGUUGAGGGAAGCCCUCGAAAAGUCGCCUUUGAUGAAACGUGGAUGGUAUUUCCAAGAGUGGUUACUCUCACCAAGAAUACUGCAUUGGACCGCAAAGGGCUUAUUCCGGGAAUGUCGAAGCUUUCACGGUAUACUCGAAAUCAGUCAAAAGAGGAAGUCGAGUUCCUAUCCCUUUGGUGUUCGGGACGUUUUGGAAAGGUCCGAUAUCGAUGCUCUGGGCACCGGUUGGUGCGAGCUCGUCAGUCGCUUCUCGUGUAUGGAUUUGACCUACUCAAGAGAUCGUCUUUAUGCCAUUCAUGGCAUUGCUCAACGCCUUUCACAGCAAUGGAGCGACGAAUACUUCAUCGGCGUGUUCCGAUCUCAUCUUAUGCAGGGACUCAUAUGGCACUCCCGUCCCGAGUUCCCUCGGAGAACACGGAAUGAAUCUCGAUUCCCUACCUGGUCUUGGGCUUCGAGAGGGCCCGUCGAGUUUGAUUACCGUAACCAUCGGAGCUCAUCGUUAAUUCACGACAUCCAUCCAAGACGAUUCCCCACUCUCUAUGGGAACACGACCUCUAUCGAACCUUCUGAUACGAGGCUGCACAUCAAAGCUCCGUUAAUCAAUUUAACACUAGUCAUUACUGGUACCCAAUUGAGCUCCGGCAUUGAAGGCUACAUCCAGGACGGCGACAUUGACCUACAAGGACGUUCUUGCCGGUAUAUUCUUGACGAUCAGCCAGAGCAAGAUGACUCACACUCCUGGACUGAUCAACCAACCCCUGAUUCUGUGGACUUCGGGUAUGUCCUUGAGGUGUCAGUUUUACUCGUAAGCGAAGCGGAAGAAACAGGUUCUACGACGGAUACCGAGUACAUCGGGAUCUUACUAGAGGGGGUAAGCGAUGAAAUGUCCAGAACCUACAGACGAUUUGGGUUGAUAUAUAUUUUUUCCAAAGACCAUGUAGCUAGUCAUGACCUUGAUGACAUGCUUCAAGCCGUUGCUUUAGUAUAGUGUCUGGGGUCUAGUUGCGGGUGUCGAGAGUUACUUUCAAGGCUUAAUCUUCUUACCUAGGUAUUAUUCUCCG